AUCACCACGUUUCCUGUUUGUAACUGAACAAAGUACACACAAAAGAUUUUAAGAAACAGAAGAGAGAAAAAACAGAGGUGCAGAUAAAGACAAGGUUUACUGCCACACUGCUUCUAACAUAAUAGAGCAACGUUAACUUAGAAAAAAAAGCUUGGGGGAGCAUUUUUAAUCCAUACAUUUGCCUAUGGCUACAUAAGGAUUUCUCUGAGAGAAGAAGCAUGUCAGAAAACUCUGAAUGCCAGUUUUAUGUCUGGGCAAUUCUAGCCUUCUUGGGUUUAGCUCUGACUAUAUCACUGAUCUUCAACAUUUCCCACUAUGUGGAAAAGCAGCGACAAGAUAAAAUAUACAUGUACCCCGAUGACUGCACUCCCAGGGAAGAUGAGUAUGAUUUUGAAGACACACCGAUUUAUGGUAACUUAGAUAAUGUGGCCUCAGAACCAGUGGAUGAAAAUUGCUAUGAACAAAUGAAAGCCCGACCAGAGAGGUCUGUGAAUAAACUGCAAGAAGACAACCCCCCUGCACAGGAAACCAAAGAAGCAAAGGUGUUCUACGCCGCGCUAGAACACAACCACGAGAGGAAGCGCAGGAAGCCCAAGAAACAGAAUACUUACGUGUCAGACAAGGACGAAGCUGGGCUGGCACAUGCAACGAAUGUCAGCCUUUCUAAGACCACUUUGGUGGACGAUUUCCCACCAGAAAGCCAGGUGGUAGAGGAAAACAUUCACGAUGACCCCAUCCGGCUGUUUGGAUUGAUUCGUGCACAGAAAGAAACUGUAAACUAGCUGGAACUAGCAUCCAGCUCAGUGAUCUGGCGCUUCCUGGACACGGCUAUUAAGAACACAAGAUCCCGAGAUGACACAGUAUGGUUUGGCAGGGUGAUGGUCUGGUCAUCUGUUGGUGGGAUGGUGGCUGACCUCUAAUCCAGAGUUUAUGAUCAUGCACACCAAAUGUAAUUAGUGGAUUUAAAAUACACUAUACAAAAAUUAUCUAAAUUACCUGUGUGAAUCCACUUUAAAAAAUGCCUAUGUAGUAAAAUACAAAUGAAAUCAAGUUUGCAAAUUGAUCCUGAUAACAAAGUCACAACUUCAAAUCAAUUCUUAACACUCAGUGAAAUAAACCAAGAUGUUUUUAAAGCAUAGGUAUGUUCUGGAUCAUAUUGAAAGAAAGAAAAAAUUUUGUUAAAACAAUUCUCCUUUCUCAGCAAUGUGAAACACCCCAUAAUUGGAAGACAUUUCUGAUUGAAAGGCAUGGAAGAUGUUAAAAUUUGUUCCCAAGAGAAGAGGGAUCAUCUUCUUAAGAAGAAUUUUUUUCCCAAAUGGAAAUAUGUUUAUUAGUUUAAAAAAUUAUAAAAUUAAUGCAUGUUCCUUGUAAUAAUAAACAAGUAUCAAAAAGAAUUUAGAUAUUUUACUAGCCAGAGAUAAUGACUGUGACCAACUUUCUACAUACCCUUCUAGAUCUUUUUCUGUACAGGACCAUAUAUUCACCCAUAUAUAUGCCCAUUAGUUGUUGUGUCUUUUAAUCAAAAAAGAAAAGGUGCGGGGAGGAUUAUUUUAUACCCAUUAUUUAAACUUUUUUCACUUAACAAUAUAUUGUGAAUUUAUUUCCACUGUUGUUUUUAACUUUAACUAAAUAUAGUUAUAAUUUUAAUACCUGCUUAGCAUCUCACUGAUAAUUACACCAAAACUUAUUUAAAUAAUUUUAAAGUACAUUUAGCUCAUUUCCCAUCUCUGGGUUUUUUUGUUUGUUUGUUUGUUUUUGGGGUUUUUUUUUGCCUUUACAAAAACAUUGUAAUGAGAAUACAUCUCCACACAUGUUUGGGUACUUGUCUGCUUUCUUCUUAAGGCUAAAUUUCUGGGAAAAGAAUUGAUGCUGUAAAACGUGUGCAUAGUGUGAGUCUCUAUAAAAUAGAUUUCUGAAAGGUCAAGAGUUUGGUCAAAGUGUGUGUCCUGUUUAAAUAUGUGCUCUUAAAUUGCCCUCCCCAAAAUAAGUGUUUAAAAAAACCUUCCUUUCUCCAGUUGGAGCAGUUUAAUCAGGUCUCAAAUUAUCACUGACCAAGAAAAUUGUACAUGACAGCCAUCAGUCCUGCCCUCUGACCAGAGCUUAGGGGAUUUCAGUAGCUCUUUCCUCAGUGGUUUGUGGAGCUGCUGCUGCAGUUUAGAUACCAAAGUAUGGAUGGUGAGGGAAACAGAGAGUCUAAACCACUGAUCUACAAGGUAGGAGAAAAGAUGAGUGUCAAGUUUACAAAGAAAAGGGUAGCUACUAGUAACAAAAAAAUACUAGUAAGAAAGCAGAGUGAUGAGAGGUAAUAAUGGAGAGAAGGCAUCUCUGAAGAGGAAAAUUUAAUUCUGAGAACUGAACAAUGAGAAGGAGCCACCCCGGGAAAGGGAGGAAGGGAGAACACAUUUUGGAUAAGAAUUCUAUCCGUAUUUGGAAGUACUGACUUCCGUCAAUAAUUAUUUUCCAUUAGGCAUCUGUAGAAAAUUAAACACUAGUGACAAAGUAAAAUAUUUUAAGUUGUCCACAUUGCCACAGGCAAUGCAAAAUAUAUACAAAUUAAUGUCUAAAGGCAAAAGAAAAGGAAUCUGUUUUCUGAUUCCAGAGAAGAACCAAAAAAAAAAUCCCAUAAGAAAUAGAAUGAAUAAUUAAUAACAUAUUGAUUUUAAGUUUUUAUGUUUAAUUUAAAAUAAAAUCUUUGCUAUCAUAUAUGCUGAUGUUGUUACAUUUCUAUAUAUACCAGGGUUCAGUAAAAACAAAGUUUGAUUGUAUUUUUGGCAGUUAUUUUUUCCUGUAACUAUUCCACAUCAUUUACUUACAUUAUUUACCUAGCACCUAGAGAUAUCUGAAUUUUUUGCCCCUGGUUUAUAUCAUUUGAAUUCCAAAAUAUUUUUUAAGUUUUGUGUACCAGGUAGUUGUGAAGUUUUCUAGCUACAAAUUUAAAUUCUUUAAUAAAUAUAAGGCUCUUCAAAUUAUGUCUUUGUAAGUUUGUGUCAUUUGAGGAAUUUUUUCCACUCAUCUAAGUUGUUAAAUUUAUUGGCAUAAAGUUGUUCCAAAUAUUUCCAUGUUAUUUGUUUAAUAUUUGUAAAAUCUGUUGUGAUUUCACCUCUUUUUGAUACUGAUAAUUCUUCAUUUUCUCCCGAUUUGUCUAGAGAUUUAUUAAUUUUAUUGAUUUCCUAAAGAACUAGUUAUUGUUCACAUAAUUUCUCUAUUAUUUUUAUAUCUUCUGUUUCAUUGCCUUGCCCUGUAAUCGUAUUAUAUCAUUUCUUCUGCUUUUUAUUGUGUGUUUCAUUUGUUCUUUUUUAGCAUCUUAAGGUGGAAGCUGAGGUCAUUAAUAUGAGACUUUUCUGGUCUAAAAUAGACUUUUAGUUU